AUGUACGAUUUUGUAAUCGAGUAUGUGUCGACGGAUAAAUUCGGUCAUGCAGACAUUCUUUCUCGGCUAAUCAAUCACCAUGCCAGACCUGAGGAAGAUUACGUGGUAGCAGCUGUUACACUUGAAAACGAUAUCAACUCAGUGGCGUUUGAUUCGUUCACCAUCCUUCCUCUCAAUUUUAAGGAAGUACUGCAAAGUACUCGAACGGACCCGAUUCUUAGCAAAGUGUACAAGUUCGUUCAAGAAGUGCAAGGAUGUAUACUUUAUGGUGAGCGGCUGGUAAUCCCGGUGCAACUACGGAAACGAUGUCUCACCCAGCUUCAUCAAGGUCAUCCUGGAAUCCAGCGGAUGAAGGCGGUUUCCCGAAGCUACGUGUAUUGGCCAGCUCUUGACGUCGAAAUAGAGGGUUUCGUUAAAGCAUGCCCUCACUGCGCUUUGGUUGCUAAAUCACCGGCACAUGCGUCACCAGUACCAUGGCCAAAACCUAGUCGCCCAUGGCAAAGGGUACAUAUCGAUUAUGCCGGACCAAUAGACGGCGAGUAUUAUCUAUUAGCGGUGGAUUCGUAUUCCAAAUGGCCAGAAAUAAUUAAAACAGGACGCAUUACAGCCUCCGCUACCAUUGCCAUACUUCGGAAUGUUUUUGCACGACUAGGGAUGCCGGAGACGUUGGUGUCCGACAACGGCACACAAUUUACGGGUGCUGAAUUUGCUGAAUUUUGCGGUGCAAACGGGAUUAACCACGUCACAACCGCCCCAUACCACCCACAGUCAAACGGCCAAGCGGAACGGUUCGUGGAUACUUUCAAGCGGGCCGUCAAAAAGAUACGAGAGAGAAGGCGGCCGAUGGAAGAAGCACUGGACACAUUUCUCCUAACGUACCGGAGUACUCCAAACCGUUCUACACCAGAUGGGCUCUCACCUUCGGAAGUUUUAUUCGGACGACGUAUUCGAACAUCCCUCGAAUUACUGCGGGUACCACCGAAGCAAACACCAGAGUUAAGCGAGCAGGGUGCAGCAGAUAGGCGAACCUUUCAGCGGAAUGAUUUCGUGUAUGCCAAGGUUUAUAAAAACAACGCUUGGAGUUGGGUACCUGGUACGAUUCUGGAAAAAGUAGGGAACGUAAUGUUUAAUGUUUGGAUCCAAGACCGACGUCUAAUACGGUCGCAUCUGAAUCAACUUCGAAGCCGAUUAUCAUCCAGUGCUGUACGAGACCAAGAAGCAAAGCAACCUUCGGCGAAUAAAUCGUUGCCGUUAGACAUUUUACUUGAUGCUUGGGGCCUGCGAGGUUCAUCAUCUAUUCCAUUUUCAUCCAGUGGUCAGGAAUCUUCGGCGUCGCCCGAGUAUGACGUCACCUUCCAGGAACCAUCAAUAUCGCCACCGAUGGUGUCCCAUAACACGUCGACCAGCGCAGAGCAGUCGUCUUCGUCCACCACAUCGUCAUCUUCUAGCUUCGAAUCUGCAAAUGCCAGUACACCGACGGUCCAGUUACCUCGGCGCUCUUCACGUGUCAGAAGGGCUCCUCAAUGGCUCAACCCAUACGAACGCAAUUAA